AUUUCCUUCUCCAGCUAACUUUCACAACGUCGUCGUCUCCGUCCUCCCUCUCUCUGCACAAAAUUUCGCGCAAAAUUUCCCAUGUCCCGCUUACCUUCCCUAACUCGACCCACAUCGUUCAUCCACCAACGCCUCCCAAUCCGCCACCUUUCCGCUUCAACACAACCGUCGUCGCCGUCGCCGCUCUCUCUGAUCGGCGCCUCGAACGUCGAGUCACACCCUCCCCAAACCCCCUUCGAUGGCUCGUUCCUCAAAUGGAUCUCCGGCUUCGCGGUGGGCUCGGGAGUAGGGCUUCUCUACUGGUCCUCCCCCGAUUCCGAUUUCUUCAAAACGUCGUCGUUCGCUGACUGGUCAACGGCGGAGUCGGGAUUGGCGGUUGAGGAUCGGCCGUCGCGGUCAUUGUUUCGGAAGUUGUCGUUGCCCGAAGGUGCCCCUGGGUUCAUCUUCGGAGAUGCUUAUAGGAGAAAGAUUUUCUUCAACUAUGAGAAACGCAUAAGGUUGCGGAGUCCGCCGGAGAAGGUUUUUGAGUACUUUGCGUCUUCUAGUAUGCCAGAUGGAGAGUUACUUAUGAGACCGGGAGAUCUUAUGAGGGCAAUUGUUCCCGUCUUCCCUCCAUCUGAGUCCAACCUUGUUAGAGAUGGAUAUUUGAGAGGGGAAAGGAAUCCUGGUGAUUUGCGCUGUUCUCCUUCUGAAUUUUUCAUGCUUUUUGAUGUAAACAAUGAUGGACAUAUUUCUUUUAAAGAGUAUAUUUUCUUUGUAACACUACUAAGCAUCCCAGAAUCAAGUUUCUCUGUCGCUUUUAAAAUGUUUGACCUCGAUGAUAGUGGACAAAUUGACAAGGAAGAGUUCAAGAAAGUGAUGGCUUUGAUGCGAGUCUGCAAUAGACAGGGAGCUUACCACAGGGAUGGACUUCGAACUGGGCUAAAAGUCAAUGGUUCUGUAGAAGAUGGAGGACUUCUGGAGUACUUUUUCGGUAAAGAUGGGAAGGAUUCCCUUGAAAUUGAUAAAUUUGUCAAAUUUUUGAGAGAUUUACAGGAUGAAAUGGUGAGGUUGGAGUUUUCCCACUAUGAUUAUAAAUUGCGAGGAACCAUAUUGGCAAAGGACUUUGCUUUGUCCAUGGUUGCUUCUGCCGACAUGUGUCAUCUAAGCAAUUUGCUUGAUCGGGUUGAGGAAUUGAGCAAUAAACCACAUCUUAGAGAUGUGCGCAUCACAUUUGAGGAGUUCAAAAACUUUGCUGAGCUUCGUAAAAAACUGCAGCCUUUUUCUUUGGCCCUUUUCAGCUAUGGCAAAGCCAAUGGCAUGCUAACACGAGAAAAUUUCCAACGUGCUGCUUCUCAUGUAUGCGGUGUAUCUCUCACUGAUAAUGUAGUGGAUAUUGUAUUCCAAUUGUUCGAUUUUAACCAAGAUGGAAAUUUAAGCUUAGAUGAGUUUGUUAGAGUUUUACAGCGACGGGGAAUGGACGUUGCUCAACAGGCGGAGACAGGAAUCAUGAUUCAUGACUCUUGAACCUGGCUGCCUGGAACUGUCGGUAGGAUGAUACCAGUUUGAUAGCUCAAGGGGGCUCAAUCCUCUUGUAAUUCGUAAAGCAUAAACUGUAAGUAGCUAAGAUUAAAUCAUAGCUCUAACAGCGACGAGCAUCAACUAUUGUUGUGCUUUUUUUGAUAGAAACUUGUUUCUCACAUGUUGUAUACACCUCUAUCUCUCUAAUCAUGCGACGAGAGUAAUAAAGAGCAGAAGGAGCAUACAACAUGUUAAGCGCAAGUUAUUUCCACAACCCUGGCCCCUGUUUAAUGUAAAGUUCGAAGUUUCAUUUU